GCGUAUAGCCGCCAUUUUGAACCGUGAAGCAGAUGUGUGGUUUUGUGCACACGACACCAAAGUUGUUGUCAAUUUAAGUUAGUCUCAGCCUACGUUUACGACACAACUACGAGAAGACACGUGCCGAAAUGCGGGAAUUUUACAAAUACGGUUUAUAUGUUUUCGUAUUUUUCGCUUUUAGCGAUGUCGCCUGCCAAGUCACACAUGGACACGGCUUUGACACAUUUGAAGAAAUUUUGGAGAGAUUUCACACACAGGACAAUUUUCUCAGUUUUAAUAAUACGAAAUUAUUAACGGAGGACGUAUUUGGGAGUCUACACUGUGAAAAAAAUGCAUCUUUAUCUGCAAAUGCUUGUACGACAUCACUGUGCCUCGAUGUACCUCGCCUCUUCCAGCUGGUUGGGGCUCAGGAAGCCGAUCGACUGACGGAGUCCGAGUUUCAUCAGGCGUCCCUGGUGAUCGUCUACUACAUGUUCAACGUCCAGAUGUACUGUGGUCAGAUGGUCGACCCGACGUCAAACAACAUGGAUUACUACACACAGCAGCUGCGGUCGUUUUUGCUUGACGCCGGGGCGAACAGGACACAGGAGCAAAGCAUUGGUGAUGCUCUGGGUCGACUCAACAUGACGUACACCCAGCAUCAGGAUUCACACGCAGGGCAUGGCCAUGGUAUGAAUGGCGUGGCGGAGGUCAAGGUCAUUGAAGACAUGUGUCUGAGCGCCGAUGCUGUUUUCUACCGGUUUGGAAAGGGUUUGCAUCACGUGAACGAGACAGAACUGACAGAGAUUACAGCAUUCAUCAUCUUCCACGUUGUCAAAGGAUCAACUAUAAAACUAAACUGUCGUUUGCUUCCCAGUCCGGAAUAUUUCAUCCAAGAAAUAGAAGAAAUCAUCAACUCAAACGGAAACAUGUUUACACUUAAACAAUUUGAAUUACUGAUGACGAAGCUGAAACUGGUUGCCAAGGACGACCACAGCGGACAUGAUCAUGGAACCCAUGUUGUCCGCAAAAGAAGAAGCGCGUUAUCUGCCGGAGAAGGAAGCCAGACUUUGAAAAGACGCCGUCGGAGUACCGUCUCCCACGAACAUGCGAAAGAGUGUUACUCUGCGGACGAGCUGAUGGCCAUAUAUGGUAUCGACCACGCCUCCCCGUUCACCGAGGCCCAGUUCACGCAGCUAUCCCCGUCCUUGGUGUAUCUACAAGUGAGCAAUUCGUGUGUGGCGGACAGCACCCAGAAUACAUCGCCCGAUCGCAUCCCCACCGAUCUAGAACGCUAUGGUUACGGAUCACUGGCAAACUUCAUCGUGUGUAUGUGCGCCGCGGCGGGCGCCAUCCUGUACCCGUGUCUCCAGGGCAAAAGCUCGGUCUUUGAUUCCUUCAUGGCCUUAUUCCUGGGCCUGGCUGUUGGAACUCUGUCCAGCGACGCCGUGCUGCAUCUCAUACCACAAGCGUUUGGCUUGCACGGCCACGAAGGCGACGGACAUGACCACAGCGGGGACAGCAUCGUCGUGGAAGACUUCGUCUGGUUUGGGCUGGUCACUUUGGCAGGUUUAUACUUUUUCUACUUGAUCGAGGCGAUUAUGACAAUGGCUGGAGGUGCCCACUCUCACAGCGAUGAAGUAGAAAUGGUUGUGAAUGUGCCUGCUCCACAAGAAAAUGGCAAGCCGAAUUGCGAGGUGUAUAAUGUAGAUCAACAGCUAUUCAACGAACCGAAAAAACAAAAACAUGGGAUUUGCAGUGCCGUGUCUCUGAUGAUCAUCCUCGGUGAUGCCAUCCACAACUUCGCCGACGGGCUGGCGAUGGGCGCUGCCUUCACUCAGGGCGUUACUCAAGGGGUGGCCACCACUAUAGCGAUCUUUUGUCACGAGCUCCCACAUGAACUUGGCGAUUUUGCAGUACUUAUUAAAAACGGUAUGUCGUUCAGGCAAGCGCUGGCGUGGAACCUGCUGUCCGCUGUGACGUCAUUCAUCGGUCUGUACAUCGGCCUGUCGGUGUCCACGGAGGCUCAGACUAGACAGUGGAUCUUUGCCGUCACAGCCGGCAUGUUCCUCUAUAUUGCUCUAGUCGAUAUCCUACCGUCUCUUUUGCAAACCAAAGUCAAACGUGCCUUCCCGAUGUUCAUCAUGCAUAAUUUGGGCAUCUUGCUCGGUUUCUUGUCCAUGGUACUGCUGGCGGUGUUUGAGGAUCACAUAAAACUUUGAGCUAAUUACAGAUAGCCUGACCAGAAUAAGGGACAUAACUCUGGACCACAAUGACAACCGACUAUUCGAGAGUAUGUUCCCUUUAUUAGAAGUCUGACUAUUUUGCUUUGUAUUACAUUACCUGAAUCAAAGUGCAUCAUGGGUACGCUGGAAAAAAAUAUAUAUAUUCUCAAUUUUUCAGACAAAUUACGAAUUCCAUGCAAUACAUUUUAAAAAUGGACUUUACAAACGUUUUAUUCAGUAGCAGGUUUUAGAAUACUGAAUCAAAAAUAAUUUAGAGGGCCAAAUUUAUUAAGCCUGUGUCAUUUUAAACGCAGGGGUUUUAGCAUUGUAAAUGUAUGUAGUUACACGCGUGUGAAACAUAAACAGGCUUUGUACAUUCGGCUUAGAUUUAAAAAAAAAUUGAGUUCACUGAUAGACGUCUUAUGGUUCAUAUAGACCGGAUGUGGUGCAUACGUGCGGUCAGGCUAAACAAAUUUUUUAAAGGGACAGGUCCUACUUUUUUUUAAACACUUAAAGCAUUUUUUUUUUUACCUAGAUCCUAGUUUCAACCUGUAAAAAUGGACACUAAGUUUGGUUAAUUUACAGACA